GCUCACUGUUGAAGCGUACGGCAACGCGUGAGCACAUCGCAGAAAAUGACGUGGUUCAGUAGGGUAUUGCUGGCGCUGGUGGUGUGCGUGGGGUUCAGUAGGGCUCAGUUGGGGUUCAGUACGGGUUCAUGUCCCAUCUACCAGACCAGCGACUGGUUCAACACGCGCAAAAUUAGUCAGAUCGUGGCUGACGAUGGCUACCUUGUUGCGCUGUCGCUCGCCACGGAGCACGCGAGUCAGAAGUGCGCGCGCCUGCAGUUCUACGAAGGCUCUAGCUACGUGUACUCCUACGUGGAUGACGCGGGACGGCAGCAGGAGCGUCGGGGCACCUACAGGUCUGUCCCGUCAGGCUUCACCACCGCCGCUAGAAUAGAGCUGUCCGGCCUCACGCCUACCAUGCUGGGGGCUGAUGUGUUCGGUAACACGUACCUGUAUCCUAUAUACAAGGACGAGUCUGGCAUGGAAGUGUACGUCUCGUGUACGUCGUACGGACUCGUGCACUCCGAGCGUGUGUACGGGCUAGUGCCCACAAAGCCCGGCCAGCUUCGGACUGACAUCAACUCUGUGAUUACACAGCUCACUCUGAAGAGCAUCCCGCAGGCCAGCAGCCUCAGAGUUGUCAACCAGGAGUGCAACAAGAUAAACGUGACCGCAGAUACAAUCGGGUCGCAAAAUGCGGAUGCUGCUGUGGCAGACAAGACCAAUGUUACCGCGGACGCCGUCGUGGCAGAUUCUCUCGUGGCUCAAAAUGAAGUAGAAACCGUCACCGAGGUCGGGUCUGUCGCUUUGCCUGUUGAAACCGCUGCAAAUGCUACUUCAACUUAGGAGAAAUCGUUGGAAUAUCAAAUUAAGAAAAGGUAUGGAUGAUGCUACAAGUAUUCCAUGUAUAAGGAAAUUUAAAAAAAAGGCUUUGGCGCAUUCAGAUCAAAGUCUUGCAAAAAAAAAAUUCUCGUACAAAAUUAUUACUCUUUGGUAAACUCUACCCAAGAAAUUUGUUCAAGUUCUAGGUUCUCAACUUACAGUAUAUGCAACACCAAUUGAUAAAAAGUGGAUAACACUGCAAUUAUUUCCUUUCGUUCAUAUGCACAGGUUAAGUUCUGUGCUAAAAUUGGAAAUUUACAAUCAUGGAUGGAUUUAGAAAUCUGCUGCAGAAUAAUAUUUUGUUAUAUUGCGUUGUGAGUCAAAACACAUGCGAUAAGGUGAUUCAUGUCACGCCGUAGAUGCAUGAAUUUCGACAUGAUUCAAAAAAGCAUGCCAUGACUGGACUGCUAUUGUUAUAUGAGUUAACACUGACUUAUUUCUUACUUUGAAACUUUUCAUUUAUGUUAACUAGUUCAAACAAUUUUGAAAUUUUUCGUGCUUUUCGUCUUUAACAGAAAGUACUAAGAACUGCUGUAAAUUUAAAAUGUUUAAUGCUUCUUUUUCGAAGCAUUUUGAUACAAGACCUAUGAGCAGAAGUGAUCAAAUACAUUCUAUCCCAAAAAUUCGGUGAAUGCUGAAUACCUGUGAAAUUUAUAUUCUGAAUUCUGAAACAUAUAUGCAGAUUAAGCUAUUUAUAUAAACUAUCCAUAUUAUUUAUUAACCAUGAUUGUGAUAACUUUCUGCGUUAAGUUUGUCUGUCUACAUGGUGUUUUCAGUUAAUAAUAUACAAUUUUUACACGCA